UUUGCUGCGUGGCUGCAUUGCCAGUCUUUCCGUGAUUUUUAUUUCAUAUUUGAGUUGGUGUUGCUGGUGCUGCUUGAGGUUAUUUUUGAUAGCAUUCCCUGUGGAGGAUUUAUACGAAAAGGCUAAGUGAUCUCCCGUUAAAGUUGAAACCAUGGACUCGCUAAUAAUCCAACCGUUGACCGCAAAGAGUCUACUCCAUGUUACGCGCUACAGGCUAAAAUGCACCAUUAUGGAUUUCACGGAUCUGGUAGCGAAACGUGAUUCUGUUUACAUUCUGAGCCAAGAGUAUAAGAUAUCAGAUACAGAGAAAGUGCGGGUCGCCAUUUACAAUAGCCAAACUGCACCAGAUAAUCAGAAUUUUAUGUCGGUACAAGUGAGUGUGCAAAGUAGUACCCGAGAGGUCUUAACCGCAGGCUUGAUAUUGGCAAUCCUAACUGAAAACAAUAGCAGAGCAAAUUGGCAAGAUUUCGACAGGUUCCGGGAUAUAUCUCCAGACGACGGUUUUGAGGCAAUCAACUUCUUAAACAUGGACACUGUCUUGGAGCAGCAUCCAAACUGGGUUCGAAACGAUACGCUAAUAUUGCGUGUGAAUUUGUUUCUGGAUUCUUGUAAUAAAACUGAACCGAUCCUUCUAUUCGAUGAUGGUCCAACUGAUGUCUUAAGGAGACUUUUGGACGUCUACUACAAGCUCUUUUACGAAGGGUUAAAAGGCAAUAAACGCGACUAUGCAUUGUGCUUAUUUCAGGAUGGCAAAGAGUUCGCGCUGCAGGCGUUCCAUAAUAACGUCCUUCAAAUCGGAUUGAAACUUGGGAAAGAUGCUGAAGUAGCGAAGAUAAUUGUGUACAAGUUGUGAAGCAAUUUUAAUUAGUGUUUUGUUGAGUUUAUUUUUACGUACUAUCAGAAGAUGCGCGAAACUACUGAAAAGGUAUGAAGGCCCGGCUCAGUGGACAAGCCGACCAGUAGAGAGAAAGGAGCAGCAUCGUGGGGGUAAUAAUUUUGGCGGCCGAAAUGGAUAGAACCCAUUGAGAUUGAGAUCCAAAGGAGCGCCAGUAGGAACGAUGGCAAGCUCUGAGUUGCAUGACACUCCCUUGUUGACAGAAAACGUUGACGAACUCGCUAACCAAUCAGAAAUUCAAGUCGUCUUACUGGUAAGGAUGA